AUGCCAUUGUUGUCCGCGCUUCAGUAUCGUCUAGUUGAGUCUAGACCAACUCACGAUCUUAUAAGCAAGCAUUUUGUCAGGGAAUCGGAGGCAUCCGAUCUUCCAAAAAAUGCCUCAGGCGGAAUCGAAAAUUCGACCUCUCCGCUAAGUGGUGAUGAGGCUCGCGAAUUUUACCUCAGCUUGUUCGAUGAUCAAAGGACACAGCUAGGAUCUCAGAAUGCCUCUUCUUGGACACAGUCGUCAUGUUCGCGCAACUGUGACCCCAUGUCCCGGUCUCAUGUGUCUUCCCUUCACCACCAAGUUUCCGUCCUAUUUAAUGAGCCGAUUCGACCAUCUCCAUUACUUAUUCCUCCAUCAAAUCGAGGAUACAAAAUACUUCGACACUUGGGAUGGACCGACUUCGCCGUUAUGGAUAUCUCUGUCGGUUCUGUUGAUGCAGGAUCAAUCGAUGCUGGUGGACUUGGUCGGCGGGGCCAAGGACGCCGUUUGCCCAUAGCAACGGUGCUCAAACGCGACAGAUUAGGAUUGGGCGCUACCGUAAAGAAUCGCCCCCGUAUUACACACUUUGCUCCAAACGACGUAAAGGCUGUCGAUAGUGAGUCUCCUCCGUUGAGGAAAAAAUGCCCGUUGCGUAUAAAUAAGCGAUUACAGGUGAACCGCAACAAGGCAGAUAGGUUGAAAGAAAUUCGUUUUCGCCAUGAAUUCUACUUCGAUGAUGAUCAGUUACAGAUACUCUACAACGAGAUCACCCACCCUUUGUGA